CAACGCUGUCUCGAAGCAGUACACGUCUGCCUCCGUGCCUAUGUUCGAGUUUUGGUCGUGUUGCAACCCAAAAUCGAAGAUCCAUGCAGGUCUGGUAACUAUGGAGGUUGUUGGGUGUAUAAGGGAAGGACGGCAGCUUCGGAGGAUAAUAGUGCACUGUUCCCAAUUUUCAUUUUGACAAUAAUGGCCAUUCCUAUAGUGUCAUAUACAAUAACAAAGUUGUAUCGAGCUGCCUCUAAGAAAGCAAAGAGCAUACACUAUCAGUGUCUGAAUGCUCGCGGUCUGAUUUCGAAUGUAGUUAUGGAGUCUCUAAUGAUGAUUUUGGAGGCUUCAGACAUUUUUUAUGUUGUGGGGAGACUUUGGAGAGGAAACGUUGAUGCUGCUUGUGGGGAGGGAGUGGAAGAACGUUGUGGCAAGAUUCCCCUCUGCAUCUAAACCCUAAUUUGGAUGAGGAAUUACUUUUUCUUUUUCUUUUUUCUUUUUUCUUUUCUUUUACUUUAUCAAAUUCUACGUUAUAAUUUAAAUUUUAUUUUUAUGUAAUUUUAUCAACAUAUUUAUUGUAUAACAAGUAUAACACGUCAGUCGUUUUUGAUGUCGUUUUUGAUCA